AUGCGCCAGGCCGUUGAAAAUCGUGAAUUAAAAUGCGAAUAUUAUGGAGGUAACAAUACCAGAUGUUCGUUGGUGGAUCCUAAAUUAAGCGUUGAACAGAACCCAGGAUGUUUCGAAGAAAUGGAUGAGAUGAACACAACUCGAGUUUACUGCGGCUUAAGUUGCGAAGAGUCCGAUGAAACUACUAUUGUGACAAAGAAACCUCAAUGGAAUCAUCAAUGUUCAAUGUUCUAUACGUAUAAUCUCGAAAGAAGGAGGAAGGACUGGUACCUCUGGAGAAGCGAAGCGUGCAUCAAUACUACUAUUUCUUUCGACGUAUCCUGUGGCACGUACCGUGAUCCACGAAUAUUUUUCUACCGCAACGAACAUCUUUUCGAAUAUGAGGAUGGUGAGGAGGACAAAGGAAAACUAGGCCAAAGUCCAGAUCUACUACGCAAUUCUUAA